GCCAUGUAUUCAGCAGAACAGCAGGGAUAGGUACAGGAGAGGAAAGGAGCUAGCAUUCUGCUAAUGACCCUGAUUACAGUGAGAGCACAGCCGUAGUGCAGGGGCAGCAUGCUACAGCUGUCAUGUCACAGUCCAUAACAUUCCCUCAGACAUGGUUAUGGGAGAGUACAUCGUUAUAUCGGCUGCUAAUACGGUAGCAUCUAGUUUCCCUGCUCCAAAAACAGUCUGUGGCCGGAACGUCUGUUCAGUGCGAUUGUUUCCGGGAAUGCUGUGCAUCGUUACACACGUGUCGGCUACAGCGGAGGAGAGCAGCUGUAAGGGAAACAGUAUAUUAUAGUAAAGAAUCCUGUUGGUGAGUUCAUUUAAACAUGGAUGAAGAACUAGAAAGAACCAAGCGAUGGGAAGGUGGCUAUGAAAGAACAUGGGAGGUUCUUAAGGAAGAUGAGUCGGGAUCUCUGAAGGCGACAAUUGAUGACAUUCUCUUCAAAGAUAAAAGAAAAAGAGUGUUUACGAACCGCGGACAAGUUCGGCUCGGAAUGAUGCGCCACAUGUAUGUGAUAAUUGAUGGAUCAAGAACAAUGGAGGAGCAUGAUCUGAAACCUAACCGACUUACUAGCACGCUGAAGCUGCUGGAGUACUUUGUAGAUGAAUACUUCGUUCAAAACCCUAUAAGUCAGAUCGGACUCAUCGUAACAAGAAAUAAACGGGCUGAAAAGUUGACAGAACUUGCUGGUAAUCCCAGGCAACACAUAACUGCAUUGAAGAAAGCCGUGGACAUAACCUGCAAUGGCGAGCCCUCUCUCUACAACUCCCUCAACCUCGCUCUGCAGACACUAAAACACAUGCCUGGGCACACAAGUCGUGAGAUCUUGGUGAUUUUUAGCAGCCUGACAACAUGUGACCCAUCUAAUAUUUAUGAUAUGAUAAAGAGUUUGAAAGCUAGCAAAAUCCAGGUGUCUGUCAUAGGUCUGUCUGCGGAGGUUCGUGUCUGCACGGUUCUUACUCGGGAGACUGGUGGUGUUUAUCAUGUCAUCUUGGAUGAGAGCCAUUACAAAGAACUCCUGAUGCACCAUGUCAGCCCCCCUCCGGCCAGUAACAGUUCUGAAUGCUCUCUUAUUCGUAUGGGCUUUCCCCAACACACAAUGGGUUCCCUGUCUGCUCAAGACGCAAAGCCUUCUUUUAGCAUGGCGCAUCUGGAUGGCAACUCUGAGCCAGGCCUAACACUAGGUGGCUACUUCUGUCCACAGUGUAAAUCAAAAUACUCUGAAUUGCCUGUAGAAUGCAAAGUCUGCCGUCUUACAUUAGUGUCUGCUCCUCACUUGGCCCGGUCGUACCAUCAUCUGUUUCCUUUAGAUGCUUUUAAAGAAGUUUCUCUUUCAGAAUAUGAAGGGGAGAGGUGUUGUCGGGGCUGUGAUGGAGAGCUAAAAGAUCAACAAGUUUACAUUUGCCUGGUUUGUCAGGGUGUAUUCUGUGUGGAGUGUGACUUGUUUAUUCACGAUUCUCUACACUGUUGCCCUGGAUGUAUUCACGCACAGCCAAACCCUUCUGUAGUAUGACAUGCAUCUACAGUGCCAGAGACGUGGGGAGUGACGUGGGGCGAGUGCCAUCUCCAUUAUUGUUGAAGACUACAGAAUGUGAUUAGAAAUGGACACUAUUCUCCUAUCGCCAAGCAUGGUUUGUUUGUCCGUUUGCCUUCCAGAAAAGAACAAACCAGUUUAUGUAUUAGCUGUCCCUUUCUGGCAUACUUUUAAAUGGUAUAGAUUGUGCCAAUUUGUAAGAAUGUUGCUUGUUUUCCUAAGUAUAAGCACAGCAGCUGUGACCUGUGUGACUCCUGCAACUAGAGAAUAUUUGUUAAUUGAUGGUUGCUUGGACUUAUUACAGUAUGUGACCGAUAUGGAUUAGAUUUUUGAAAACUAAUGGUUUGCUAAAUACUGUACAUUUCAAAUGUGUUUGAACACCGAAUAUAAUUUAAAUAAUGAAAUACAAUUAAAUAUGCUAAGAAAUUGCAGAAACUUCCAAAAUCUUAUCAGGGUUUUAAACCUGUUAUAUCUGUAAGUAGAUAUAUGUUGUUCAUAUGAUAUAUGUAUGUAAAUAUAUUUGUUACACAUUUGUACCCAUGUGGGCUCCCUAUUUCAGUAUAGUCCUAUAAACAAUAUUGUAUUUUAGAUACAGUAUCUUUGAGCAAUUUGUAUAUAUACAGUUUUUCACUUGGUUUCAUAUGUUUACAUUUGUUUUAUAUAUUAAAAUACAAACUGUCUUCUGAUUUAAAA